UCUAAUGUCAAAUUAUCCUCAUCAAAACAACAUUAAUUUUUAUUAAAAAGUUACGAAAUUCCGAUGAUCUCGCCAAAACGAUGAAUUUUCUAUGGAAAACCGCACAACGACCAUCGGUGUUCAACUCGUGCAACUUUCGCUCAUCGAUAGUAGUGACCAGGCGGCGGUUCUGUGCCAAUGUCCCGGAGGCGCCAAACGAUUCCGUCCGAGUGCGAUUUGCUCCCAGUCCGACCGGAUUUAUGCACUUGGGAGGACUGAGGACAGCUUUAUUCAACUAUCUCUAUGCGAAGUCUCGGGGAGGUAAAUUUAUUCUGCGCAUUGAGGAUACGGAUCAGGAGCGAUUAGUUGAGGGAGCCACCGAACGAUUGUAUGAGGACUUGAAAUGGGCUGGAAUAGUUCCGGAUGAAAGUCCCUGGAAUGAAGGACCUUAUGGACCGUACGUUCAAAGUAAAAGGUAUGACAUCUACAAGCAGGAAGUGAAGAAGCUGAUGGAAGACGGAAGGGCGUAUUACUGUUUCUGUUCGGAGCGUCGUUUAGAAUUAUUGAGGAAGGAAGCGGUUAGACUGAGACAGGUUCCUAAAUAUGACAAUAAGUGUCGGCACCUGACACCGGGGCAGGUUGCCGAGCGAUUGGCCAAGAACGACAAGUUUUGCAUUCGAUUCAAGCUGGAUUCCAAAGCGGACGAGUUCCAGGACAUGAUCUAUGGCAAAAUCGUUUACUUCCUGGCGCAGAACGAAGGCGAUCCGGUCAUUAUCAAGUCGGACGGAUUCCCAACGUAUCAUUUCGCGAACGUUGUGGAUGAUCAUUAUAUGAAAAUAACACACGUUCUGCGAGGCGUCGAGUGGCAAAUAUCUACUCCUAAACACAUUCAAAUGUUCCACGCUUUCGGUUGGAAGCCUCCGCAAUACGCCCAUCUUCCUUUGGUGAUGAACCCAAAUGGAUCGAAACUGAGCAAACGACAGGGCGAUGUCCAGCUGGAUCAUUACCGUAGGAUGGGCAUAUUCCCUCAGGCGUUGCUCAACUUCAUAACACAAAGCGGGGGAGGUUUCGACAGGGAACUCGUGGAUGUGAUUGGACCGCAGAUGAAUGACCUGAUCAAACAUUUCGAUUUGAAGAAGAUCAACGCACAUUCUAGCCGACUGAAUCCGGAUUUGCUAAAGCAGUGCAAUCGCGAAGAGAUCGAGUACCAGUUGAGGCACUCGGAGGAGAAAGCGAAUGCCCUGGUGAAGGAAGUGAUACGAAUGGUCCGGACUGAGUUUGCGGACAACGUGAAAGGGCUGGAUUUGGACGAGAAACACGUUCGUGAGGUUUUGGAGUGGUCGGUUUCGCGGAUUGACACCUUGCAGGACCUGGUGAAGGGGAAGCUUUCCUUUCUGUGGGUGCUGCCGAAGACUUCCAAAGAUAAAACUAUCGAUAGUGACAUCCUGAAAGUGCUGGCGCAGAACCUUGCCUCCGAGGAGGAGACCGCAUUUACCAAAGCCGAGCUGAGCAUAUUCCUGAAAGCAUUUGCCGAACGUAACCACCUCGUGUUCGAACAGUUGAUGAAGUCGUUGCGAAGUUGCCUCAGUGGCCUCAAGGAAGGUCCCGGUGUGGCGGAAAUGAUGGAAAUCUUGGGCCGUGAUAAGACAAUAGAACGCAUCCUGCUGGCAGCGAAAAGAAAAUAGACUUUGCUGUUGGCAAUCAAUCACUGAAUGUGGACUUUAUUAUUUCUCUAAUUUUUGUUCGGAGAAAGUUACGUUAUCCUCUUGGGUAAGACAGAUAUAUGUUGAGAGUUAUAAUGUAUAGUUAGUUGUAAUAAUAAAUGGUAAACGUAAACUACCAAUUGCUAGUUUGCUGGUUUCAUUUUCA